AUGUCGCAGACGCAGUCCAAUGUCGGAGCCGGCAACCUCUACGUCGCCGGUGACCAGCGUAACAUCUCUCGCGCCGAGGCCCAGCAGCAGCACGAGCCCUACAAGGAGGGUGUGCCCCACAGCCACAAGAACCUUGACUCGAAGGACGGACGCUCCAUCGCCAACAGACUCAACGCGCAGGAGCGCAAGGACGACCCCAGCCAUCACCACAACCGGGAGUAUGAUCCCGAGGCGGAGCUGAGCAAGCAGGAUCCCACGAAGCCGGCGGUAUUGCACGGCCACGAGCCCUCCAAAGGCGCCAAGAUUGACAAGGAGAUCCAGCAAGAGGAGCAGGAGAUCCUGAAGAAGAAGGGAGCCGCGUAA